UUUAGAAACAAAAUAAAUAAGUCACAUGAUCUGACUGAACUGAUCUUAGGGAGUAUUUAAUAGUGUUAGGUGUAGACAAAAUUUAUUGUCGAUUAUUAAAAGAUAGAUAAAUUUAAAAAUGCCUGAGUAUUGGAUCAUAUCUGCCCCUGGACCUCAAACCCUAGAAAAGCUGAAUAACGCAACGAAACCGAACAAUGUUUCUAAUAACUAUAAAUUUCAUAUUCCUGAUCUAAAAGUUGGAACUCUCGAUACUCUUGUUGGCUUAACUGAUGAUUUGGGUAAAAUAGAUUCAUAUGUUGAAGCUAUUAUUAAGAAGUUAGUAUCUUACAUGGAGGAAAUUCUAGAAGAUCAAAAAGAAAUGUUGAAAGAAAAUUUGCACGUCAACAACGUUGAUCUUUGCACAUUCCUUACUCGCUUUUCUUGGGACAUGGCGAAGUAUCCUGCUCGCCAGCCUCUAAUGCACAUUGCUGAAAUAAUUAAUAAACAGGUGCAGCAGAUCGAAGCUGAUCUUAAACAACGUGCCUCGGCCUAUAAUAGCUUAAAGACGAGUUUACAGAAUCUGGAACGCAAGCAAACAGGGAGUCUUCUCUUAAGAUCAUUGGGUGAUCUUGUCAAAAAGGAACAUUUCGUGUUGGAUUCUGAGUAUUUAACCACACUUCUUGUAGUUGUACCAAACCCUUUGUCGAAGGAUUGGGAAAAGACUUAUGAAAGUCUACACGAGCAUGUAGUACCCAGAUCAAGUCAAAAGAUCUUUGAAGAUAAUGAACACUCUCUUUAUAAUGUUUCAUUGUUUAAAAAGGCCGUCGAGGUGUUUAAACAAAAGUCACGAGAAAAAAAGUUUGUCGUCCGUGAGUUCAAAUAUUCUGAGGAAGAGCUGGCUUCCGUUAAGAGUCAGCAUGCUAAGUUGAAAAUGGAUAAGAGCAAGCAGUUGAGCGUUUUGUUUAGAUGGUUGAAAGUCAACUUCAGUGAAUGCUUUGUGGCUUGGAUCCAUGUUAAAGCUCUGAGAGUCUUUGUGGAAUCUGUCCUACGUUACGGUUUGCCCGUUAAUUUCCAAGCUGUUUUGCUGGAGCCGUUAAAACCGAAGAAGUUGAGGGAACUUUUGAACAAAUUUUACAGUCAUUUAGAUAGCAGCUUAGCAUCAGGCCAAAUAGAAGAUAUACCUGGAGGUUUGACGAGUUUUGGCGUUGAAGAAUACUAUCCAUAUGUAUACUUCAAAAUUAAUGUUGAUUUGACUGAUGAUAAAAAAUAGUGUAUUGUUAUUAUUUUCAUAUAUUCUAAUUCCAUAAAUACAUAUAUAUGUUGUGUUUAAAUAAGAUAGGUUUUAAGGGUCAAGACUGAUCAAAGUCUAAACAUUCCUAUAAGCGGAGUUGUAUAAUUUAUAUUUUAAUCUAGUCAAAUGAUUUAGUAAAUGUUAGAUUUAAAAUUGAUUUUUCUUUUAUAAACCAGAUAUCUGUGUAUGUUACAAAGUCUAAAUGUAUAAGCAUUACAUAUGUGUAAAAGAUGUUAAUGUUGCUGUGGGUUUUUCAUCUCGUUUAUAGUCAUGUUAUUGAGCUCAAUGUUGUGCAGCUGUAAGUUUCCAGUUCUAACUUCAUUGUGUAAUUUUUUAAUCGUGAUUAUUCUCCAUUCACUUUUAAAUAAUUUUGUGAAUUUUUAAAUUUAUAAAUUAUUCUCUUUUGCAGUUAUUCAUUUUAAGCACACAAAUUGUGAACUGAUUUUUAUUAUUCUUUGUAAUUUAUUUAUUUACUAUUAGUUCUUGCAGUAAACAGAAUGUGUUGUGAAACAGAAUUUAGUAAAUGUAAUUUACUAUCUAAUUUCUGUGAAUAAAAUGAAUGAAUUACUCACA